GCCUCUGGGCUUUGAGCGCGAGCGGUUGAAAGACGCUGCUGUCGGUUCGGCUGCUCUGAUCGUAUUCUGCAGUCCCAGCCCUUGCCCAUGGCUGAGCCUGAGGAGCUGCGGGUUGCUUCGUCGCCCCCGCCGCCUUGCUCUUCUCCCUCGUGUUCAGACGCCUCUUCCGCGUCUUCCCCCAGCGUCCCAGUGAGUUUGGGCUGGACAGUUCCGAGCAGGAGUAGCGGCCGAACGGUGGAUCCGCUAGAGGCAGUGGAGCUGCAGAUCGGAGACGCAGCAUUUUCAUUAACCAAACUUCUUGAGGCCACGUCUGCAGUAUCAGCUCAAGUGGAGGAACUUGCCUUCAAGUGUACAGAAAAUGCACGUUUCCUUAAAACUUGGCGGGACCUCUUGAAAGAAGGCUACGAUUCUUUGAAACCUGACAACUAAUUUGGCAUGCUUAGUCGUUUAAGUAAUGGCUGUGUAAUAAUUCAUACUUUCUCAUAUAUAUUUGCACAUGUACCACAUGUAUAGGAUGAUAUUUUUCUAGCAGUUCUGUAUUCUCAGAAUGAAAUUUUUCUUGCUUUUCUUGAUUUUUGUGAAAGCAUCAUACUGAUGUUAUUUUUGGUGCUGGCCAGUAUUUGUUUAUCCUUAUAUACCUUCUGCCAUCUAAACUUUCAUAGAAUCCUUUAUUCCUUUAUGAAAGUUAAUUUCAUCAGUAGGUAAUAGUGCCACAGUGCUACCAGUAGCAAACUAGUUAGAACAUUAUUUGCUUUACAAGAAGAUGCCAAGAAUGGUGGAGUUUGAAGUUGAGCUUCAUUUUAUGGACCGAGCAAGGUAACUUUAACUAAGGUUGCCAGUGGUGGAUCCAGUGACUGUGUCUUACUGACUUCUGUAUCCCUAGCACCUAAGACAGUGUUACACAACAUUCACUACAUAUUUCUUGAAUAAAAGAAUUGACAAACAUAAUUAAAAGCUAUUUUUAACAUGAAGAUUGUAAUU